AAUAAGAUAGUUCGUGACCACAGAUUAUCGCUGCAAUCAGCUGGGAAAUUUCUUCGCGAUACAUUUGUAUGAAAACAAUUGAGAGUCUGAUCGUGACAUCUGAGUACAGAUUUUAACAACGUAGCAUCUGAGAAUCAUGUUGUUGUUACAUAGAAGGUCUGAUUGCUACUUGCGAAUGGUGCUGGUGAUACGUUUAACGUCAUUUUGAAUACGGAGUAGAAGCAGAAAUAUAUUAUUGUCUGCCCAGAAUAUGGCGAACGAGGUUGUUACAGAAGUUAAACGGUUAGAUAUAAAUAAUUUUAAUAUUAAUGAUAAAGGUGGAACAGAAGAGGAAGAUAUAGUGAAUCCAUGGAACGUGGUUAGCAAAUCUGAAACUGGAAUAGAUUAUGAUAAAUUAAUAAAAAGGUUUGGUAGUUCUAAGAUUGAUGAUGAGUUAUUGGAUAGAUUUGAGAAGGUGACAGGCCAUCCUAUUCAUCAUCUGCUACGACGCGGAAUAUUUUUCUCACAUCGAGACAUGCACAAAAUUUUGACAUUGUAUGAACAGGGGAAGCCAUUCUAUUUAUACACAGGACGUGGCCCUUCAUCUAGCUCAAUGCACGUUGGACAUCUCAUUCCCUUCAUUAUAACCAAAUGGCUGCAGGAUGUAUUUGAUGUUCCUCUGGUCAUUCAGUUAACUGAUGAUGAAAAAUUCCUGUGGAAAGAUAUGAAAUUAGAUGAUGCAAAUCGGUUGGCUUUUGAAAAUGCCAAAGAUAUUAUUGCAUGUGGGUUUGAUGUUGAGAAAACAUUCAUCUUCUCUGACUUUGAUUUUAUUGGACAGUGUCCCGCCUUUUACCGUAACAUGAUUAAAAUAGGCAAAUGUGUCACCUUCAAUCAAGUGAAGGGUAUAUUUGGGUUUGGUGACAGUGAUGUAAUUGGAAAGAUUAGCUUUCCAGCAGUUCAGGCUGCACCUUCAUUUUCGAGCUCAUUUCCCUUCAUUUUUGGAAAAGCAAAUUUACCCUGUCUCGUUCCCUGUGCCAUAGAUCAGGAUCCAUAUUUCCGGAUGACACGUGAUGUGGCCCCAAGGCUUGGCUAUCAUAAGCCAGCACUUCUGCAUUCUUCAUUUUUCCCAGCACUGCAGGGAGCACAGACAAAGAUGUCUGCUAGUGAUUCUAAUACGUCAAUCUUUCUUACAGACACACCAAAGCAAAUCAAGAACAAGGUAAAUAAGCAUGCUUUCUCUGGAGGUCAGGCAACAGUAGAGGAGCAUCGAGAAAAAGGAGGAAAUUGUGAAGUAGACAUUUCGUAUCAGUACCUACGAUUCUUCCUUGAAGAUGAUGAAGAACUAAAAGAAAUUGAAAAGAAUUACACUAAUGGGGAUCUUCUUACUGGAGAAAUAAAAAAGAAGCUAAUUGAGGUUAUUCAGCCUAUAAUUACUGCACAUCAGGAACGUCGAGCAAAAGUUACAGAUGAUGUAGUGCAUACUUUCAUGACUCCUCGAAAAAUGAAGUACAGUUAUUGAUAAAUGGAUAAAUAACGAAUGUCUUGUUCAACAAGGUACUCCGUACGUUUACCGUUAAUGGAAGUAAAUAGAGUACAGAGCACGAGAGAAUGGAAGGAGAUUUAUUUUGCUUUCUUCCUUUAAUUUUUGAGGAUUUUAUUUGAUAUAAGUCCUAAGAAUUUAUGACUGCGAUUUUGCACUAUCCAUAGACUUGCCUACAUAAUCCUGUUUUCAAGGAUAUAUUCAGGGAUUGAGUGGGAUGAUAAGUUUAUUGAAUUUAACUUUACACAUAUUUUUUACAAUGGUGUCUCAGUGGCCACUCAACCUCAUCUGGUGUCAAGGUUCAGAAUGAGUAUGAACUGUACUACCUCUCCCCCCAAGUGACUACAUGGAAUAUAUUGGGACAGCUUUACUUUUACUUAGUGUCUCAGUGGAUCAUUGGUAGACGAAUUAAAUUUGAAUGUAAAGUAUGAAGACCUCACGAUUACUGGUAAAUCAAAAGAGAUUCCAGUCAGACAUCUCCCAUGUACCGUGAGGCACACCAAGCCCAGAACCCUUUUAUGACAAAUCGUUUAUUUUACAAACUAUGAGUUACAACCUAUGGAUUACACAACAGUAAACAGUCAUAUGAAUAAAUACUGACAGUUAACAAAGAAUGAAACACCGUCCAGUGCCGAGGACCUGUGCUGGUUCUCUGCCCCCAGUUUUCGAUCCAUAAAUACAAUUCCCAAUUUGGUCCAAAAUAAAUGGAGGCGACGUGGAAAGUGCGACCAUCAGGCAGAGAGUGACUGGGGCUGGUCCCCGUUUGAUCAAAGCCCCCCCCCCCAAAAAAAAAAAAACAGCAGAAGACCUGGACACACUCUGGUGGAAAUGUAAUGAAGGUUGGGAACAGGUUGACAGAAAGGAUGGUAGGUAAGGUACAGGGUGACAAGGAAGGAAACGUCUCAACAGGGUUAAGUCUUGCAGCAGUCUGCUCAGUAGCUGAUGUGGACAAAAUGCAUAUGACAACCGUUCUCAUCAAUAAGUGUUCUCUCUGUUUAUCAAUAAACAUCUGGGAAUUGUUAGGUCUUUAGUCUAUAAUUACUAAUAUGCAAUAAAUAUUCCUCAGUCAUUGACCUCUGAAACAAGUAGUUUUAAAAAUAUUUUUCUUUAGUUUUUAUAACAGUGUGCUUUCCAUUUUUUGCUCUUAUAGCAGUACAAUAUGAAAACAUUAAAAUGAUAUGUGUUAAAAUAAAUUAAAAAGUACCAUUCAAGAUUAAACACGCUGUACAAAAGCACUACUAUAUUCAAAAUAUAUGUAUUUCACAGCAGUGCAAAUUUCAUUAGUCAAUCAAAAAUCAAAACCUUUCUUCUCUUUGCUGGGGUUUCCACAUCUGAACUGACUUGAUAAGAGUUUUAAAAAACCUAUAAGUAGCUGCAGAAUUAAAAAUCAAUGAACCAUUACAUUGGCAGCUACUUCUCAAACAUUCCUGAGCAUCCAAGGAAAAAGAAGAAUUCAGCAGCUAAGUUUGAAGUUCCAGUGAAGUGUGAAUUACAUUUGUUGAUUUCAGAAAAGUAGUUCAGAUUUAACAAAUUAAAUGGUAAUGGGAAUAGUCACAUCAAGAAUGCUACAUCAGGUAUUCUGUUACAAACCAAAAGAGAGGUCACUUUGAGAGACAUCUAACAGUGGUAUGAGACAAUUAUGCAAAAUGUGGCUGAUUAACAUUGUCAGUUUGGAAUUUUCAUUGAAUGACUGAACAGCAUGUCAUAUUUGUGUAUUUUUUAUGCAUAGAACAUUAUAAAAUAUUACAUGCUUGCCUACAAGACCGGCUAAUAAAUAGGACAGGUAAUAUUUAGAAACUAUUAAACACAUUGUAACAAAGA